AUGGCUACCCGGCUGGGGCGUAAGCGGAGCCUGAUGGCGGCCGCCGUCCUUUUUAUCGUUUCGGCCGUCGGGUCGGCCUAUCCCGAAAUGGGAUUCGGCGACGGCGAUCCGCACGAGUUCCUGCCCCAUUUCAUCGUCUACCGGAUCAUCGGCGGUAUCGGGGUGGGGCUGGCUUCGAUGCUGUCGCCGAUGUACAUUGCCGAAAUGGCGCCGGCGGCCGGCGGGGCAGCCUGGUUUCGUGGAACCAUGGCUUACGACGACGGUUGGCGGUUGAUGUUCCUGUCCGAGGUGAUUCCGGCUUCCUGCCUGCUGCUGCUGAUUUUCUGCGUUCCCGAGAGUCCGCGGUGGUUGGUGAUGAAAGGACAGGAUCGAAGAGCCGCGGCGAUCCUGCGCCGCGUGGAUCCCGCGACGGAUACGGAUGCCGAGGUGCGGGACAUUCGCAGGUCGCUCGCGGGUUCCGUCCGCUCGAAGCUGUUCAGUUACGGCGCCGCCGUGAUCGUGAUCGGCGUCCUGCUCUCCGUAUUCCAGCAGUUCGUGGGGAUCAACGUGGUGCUGUACUACGCUCCGGAGAUUUUCCGCAGUAUGGGCAUGGGUACCAACGCGGCCCUGGCCCAGACGAUUAUCGUAGGCGUGAUUAACCUGUCUUUUACGGUGUUGGCCAUAUUUACGGUCGAUCGUUUCGGUCGCAAACCGUUGAUGAUUAUCGGCAGUCUGGGUAUGGCCGUCAGUAUGGUCACGCUCGGACUCACCUUCUAUACGCAGCAUAUGGGAUGGCUUUCGCUGGCCGCCAUGCUGUGUUAUACGGCUUCGUUCGCCAUGUCGUGGGGGCCGGUCUGCUGGGUGCUGCUGUCCGAGAUUUUUCCCAACCGGAUCCGCGGUCAGGCCAUGGCGUUGGCCGUUGCCGCGCAGUGGGUCGCCAAUUACGUGGUGUCCUGGACUUUCCCGAUGAUGGACAAAUCGAGCUACCUGAUCGAGCAUUUCCACCACGGCGGGAAGCUCGCCGCCGCACAGGUGCGCGGGAUACAGAGCGAAGGCGUUUCGGCCUGCAUCAAGCACUUCGCGGCGAACGGCCGCGACCUGAAUCGCAAUUGGUACAUGAGCAACGUAGACGAGCGGACGCUGCGCGAAAUUUACCUGCGCGGUUUCGAAAUAGCGGUCGAAGAGGGCGACCCGUGGGGGUGCAUGACGGCGGCCAACGGACUGAACGGCGACCUGUGCAGCGACAGCAGGUGGCUGCUCAACGAUGUGCUGAAGGGCGAAUGGGGUUUCAAGGGACUGGUGCUUACCGAUUUCUGCCACUCCCGUUCUACCGAGAAAGCGGCUCUGGCCGGACUGGAUAUCGAUAUGCCGUGGGGCGAUUUCGAAACGAUCAAAUUCGGAAAACCGUGA